UGUUUUAGAUCGUCGAAGGUGUUGGUCUUUGUGCUAGACAAGGAAUAAAGGGCUCGUAUUUAGCCCCAUUCCGUGGCUUUAUCGUGCGCGAUGGCCGGGAGUAAGUCUAGUGAUAACCAGGAACCGGAGGCCCCGCCUGAAGAUAGUGGGGAUGAAUCGACGGACGAGGAAAGUGAGAUUCUUGAAGAGAGCCCCUGUGGCCGUUGGCAGAAAAGACGGGAGGAGAUUGAGCAACGAGACAUUCCAGGUAUAGAUAAUGCAUUUCUCGCAAUGGAUACAGAGGAGGGGGUCGAGGUCGUUUGGAAUGAGGUCCAGUUCUCUGAGAAGAGAAACUUCAAAGCUCAACAGGAAAAAAUCAAGCACGUCUUCGAUAAUUUAAUAGAAUUAGAUCACCCAAAUAUAGUCAAAUUUCAUAAAUAUUGGACGGACACUAAAGGAGAAAAACCGCGGGUCAUUUUCAUCACAGAGUACAUGUCAUCUGGUUCAUUAAAGAAUUUCAUAAAGAAGACGAAGAAAAAUAAUAAAACGUUAAAGGCAUGGAAACGAUGGACGACUCAAAUAUUAUCGGCACUUAGUUACUUGCAUUCCUGUGAUCCACCCAUCAUCCAUGGCAACUUAUCUUGUGAUACGAUAUUCAUUCAACACAACGGACUCAUCAAAAUAGGCUCAGUGGCGCCGGACGCAAUCCACAAUCACGUGAAGACCUGUCGAGAAGAAGCGAAAAAUAUGUAUUACAUUGCUCCAGAAUACGCAGAACCUUCACGAGUCACAACUGCUGUUGAUAUGUAUUCAUUUGGGAUUUGUGCAUUGGAGAUGGCGACACUGCACAUUCUUGGUAAUGGCGAUUCUGGUCAGAAAUACGUCCCUAAAGAGGCAAUCAUGAAAGCUCUAGAUUCCUUAGACGACAAGCUUCAACAGGAUUUUAUGAGGCAGUGCCUGAAUGAAGAUCCAGUCUUGCGUCCAAGGGCCAGAGAAAUGCUAUUCCAUACAGUAUUAUUUGAAGUCCACUCGCUCAAAGUUCUGGCGGCCCAUUGCUUUGUAAAAGAUGCAAAUAACAUACCCGAUAAUGUGACGGGUGAAAACAAAUCCUCGUCAAGGGUGGACCCCAAAACAGUGAUAGCAUCUAUACCCCACACAGACGGACGGGGCACGAUUGAUUGGAGAGUCUCGCAGGUGCCUAUAGUAGAGAUAGAAAAAUUGCUAGAGGAUGUCAGAAAUGGCAUCUACCCACUUACUGCAUUUGCUUCCAUCGACCAGCCACCGCCCACGAGGCCUGGGGCUGUGUCUCCCGAAAUAGCUGAGUCAGUGAAGUCAGAGACACCUGAACCAGUGGACACAGAGACACGCGUUGUCAUCCAGAUGUUCGCUGCUAUUGAGAAAAUAGAAGAAUCCACAUCUCUACAGUUGACCCUCAUGUUGCGCAUGGACGACAAGAUGAACAGACAGUUGAGGUGUGAAAUGGGAGAUGAUGAAUCCAGCGAAACAUUAGCCGAUGAGUUGGUGCAUCAUGGAUUUAUUUGUUAUAACGACCGUGAUAGAAUACUUGCAGUUAUCGACGAGGCGAAAAGCAAACGUUCGCAGACGGACGCCCCGGUAACGGUACAAACGACGAUACAGAAUGUAUGACAGUGGAUCAUCAUCCCUAUUGACGAUGCUGCCAUGAUAUAACAUUGCCAACAUUGGUCACUUUUCUCGGCGAAGUGCCAAUGUCUUCUCAUUAUCAAUUGUAUGUAUUUUCUACGCUUUUAAGGACUGAGCUUUUCAAAUAUAUCCAGUUGAAACGAUUCCGUCUUCUGCGAGUAAUUUGUUCUCAAGAGCGACUGUAAAAGUUACUUAAGACUUGCUUUUGGACUGAAAGUUGUCCUUAUGGCAAAAAAAAACAUCAUAAGACAUGAAAGGGAAAUGUAUUACUUAGAAUUGUUUAAAAUUUUGAAAAUCUCGCCUGACCUACUAGCUGUUGGUAUCAUAUGUGAAAAUCAGAUGACAUUUUGUCCUUAUUCUAGGGUAUACUCUUGUGGUACACCUGUCUGUUUCAAUUGCUAUGAGUGGUUGUGUGUUGAGGUCAGUCCUUAAAAGUUGUGUAUCGUUUUUUCAUAACUCCAGCCAGAGUAAUACUGGGCAUAAUUCUUCAUUGAAUGUAGGGGUUAACUUGUGGCUCCAGAUCUUUAAUAUGGUCACGUAUGGUCGCUUUGUAUGAUAUCAGUGUCAUUUAUUUCAUUUCAUAUUAGUAAAGUGAGUGAUGCAACUACUAUACAACUAAUUUUGCAAGUCAAAUAUCAAUUUGGACAAAUUGGGGACUUAAAAGUUCGAGAAAGCUGAAACUCAAUUGAUUGUAAGAGAAGAAAAUAAACUUGGCAAUUUUUGUGCUAGAUUAAAAAAAUUGUGAUAGUAUUGACUACUGUACUGUAUAUACCAACUGGGUGGGGCAUUUUCUUACCCUGUAGUCAAGAGAAAAAGAGAAAAAUUUAUAAUGUGUAACAUACAAAUAGACCCAUCCUGUCAAUUUAGUGCACAACAAUAUCGUCAUUCAUUUAAUGUUUGCUUGCCAUAAGGCAUUGCUCACCAUGAAGUGUCAAGUGUGGACCAUUAAGAAGAACUACAUGUAAUAUCAGUGUUUCAUGAGCUGUUUCAGUUCAUUUAUCUACCUUACAUCAGACCUGACAGUUCAGAAUCAUUGACCUUCGAUUGGUGCUUCUAGUUCAAACGUGUUGGUGUUCAAAAAGUAUUGCUUAUCUUUGCUUAAUACUGGUAAGCAGGGAUCUGAUAUAUCUAUUCUUGGACAUAUUUCCUUCUCUUUGUAAAAAUCUUCAGAUGAUAGCAGAAGUGAUCUGUCCAGCAUGUUUUAAAAUGGGGUCCGAGUCUCUGGCUGUCUUGGGUUAACUGCCAUCGUGUGCCAGGCACUGUUUGGUUCCUAUAAAUGGGUGAUUUAAACCAGAUUCAAAAGUUCAUAAGUUGCUCCAUGAACUUAGCUGGUUAUUAAGGGCGAGAGGCUAGUUUGGAGUAAUUGUAGGCACAAUAUGUAAAAAUACAUUGGGGUUUAAUGAAAUAAUAAUGGUUAAUGAUGAUUUGCAGAUGAAUAUGUCUGACACUGGGUGUUUAUUGGCUGGCUUUGUUCAGCUGAAAAUAUUUUUGUACAGUGAGUGGGAUGUUGAAUUGGUUGACAGAAUUAUUUUAUCUUUAGUAGUGACCCAUCUUAUUUAAAUGAAUAAUGAAGUCCGUGUAAUAGUUGUGCAACGGAUGAGACCCACCGUCUGAAAAUGAACAAUAAUAAGGGCCGUCUGCUUAGUGCAACAGAUAAGAUCCAUGUUCUCAAAAUGAACAAUAAUGCAGUCUGUCUUGAGUUGUGCCAGAGAUAAAACCCAUGUUCUCCAAAUGAACAAUAAAACAGUACAUCUGAGUUGUGCAGCAGAUGAGACCCAUUUUCUCAGAAUGAAGUGCUGGCCAAGAAUUGAAAAAAGGAUUUUCCUGAGGAUUAUUUUGUAAGCUAAUUGAUUUCCUCUGCGUUGGUUUUUUGAUGGGGAUUUCUCUCACGUUUAUUUGACAUUGUGUUUGUUUUGUCAAAGCUCAUAUGUGUUUCUUGAUAAAUGCAGUCAUUUUGUCCCAUAAGUUGACAUUGUAGAAGUUUUUAAAAUCUCUGGCUGGUGGUUGUCACAUAAUGUACAUCUUUACUGGUCGUCUCCUGAGCAAAGUUUCAGAGGUAAGGGUAUCUGUCUUGUAAUUUGUGACAGACAGACAUUGUCUAGCACCAUUAUAUGUUGGUAAAAAAUGCCUGUUAUUUACUAUCACACAAAAAUUGGUAGUACAGGUACCGGUAAGUCUUAUUUUGGCGGCAUGGAGUUAUCUGCAUAUUCUUAUUGCAUGUACAUAUGUACUUAGGUUAAGCUGCAUUUCGAUACCACUCCCAUCUUUGUACCUUUUGUGGUGUCUGAAAUAUUCAUAACUAUUCGGAGUAAACGAAAAGCUUUUAACAACUUUGUUUAGACGAAACCAAAGUUUUAAUGAGACUUAUGAGUCAUUUUCCUUUGGAAGGACCUCACAAAAAUUGCUUUUGAGUGUAUUCGAAAUAAUAUUUCCGUUCAGAUUGACUUGUAGAAUAUGGUAUUUAUGAAUGCGGCUUACCACGUCAUAAUCCAAAGUUGAUCAAAAUUGACAUUUUUACAGUGCCAGUGACUGUUCCAUACCAGACCGGGUGUCUUAAUAUCUGCUUUGGUGUUCUAGGUCACAUUUGUGGUGAUACUCUUUGAGACUUAAACUACAGUUAGACAGAAUUCUAUAUACUAGUGGUUACUUCAAAAUCAGAAAGGUUUUCUCAAAAAAUGUGUUCGAUCUUCUGGUGCUAGUGGGGCAGUUGGUCAUCCUCACAUCAUUGAAAACAAUCACAGAAAUCUAAUGAUGUUGCCUGCCAGUUUGCUUAAGUCACAACUUAAGUAUGUUGUGACAUGCCAUUGUACUUGAAGCAAUUGCUCCACUGCUUGGCAAUCAGGAUUCACUCAGUCGUGUAUUUAAUUCACAACUUCUUGUCAUUUUAUCCAUUGACGCUUUUUUACUGAGUAAACAUGGGAUAGAUCAUCUCUUGGAAAGUCUUGAGAAUUUUAUACUUCUUCUUAAUUUUAACCUUAAGUAAGAGUAGAAGAUAGGAAAAGUAAGAUAUACAUGUGUCGUUGAGAGUUGAAGAGCUAAUAGUAGCCAGUUAUGGGAUUAAUCCCAUCGUAAACCUCGUACACACUUGUUAGAAGAUAGGAAAAGUAAGAUAUACAUGACGUCGUUGAGAGUUGAAGAGCUAAUAGUAGCCAGUUAUGGGAUUAAUCCCGUAGUAAACCUCUUACACACUUGUUAGCGAGGCAGAUUCUCGGAUAGCUUCCUUCGGGGGCUCCAGUUUCCUCCUACAUCAAGCUGCAAAACGACCAAGUUCUUAUUCAACAGUUUGUAUCUGUUCAUGAACCUUUUUGAAGUAAUAACGUUGUCAUUUCCUGUUGAUACAUCACAUAUUCCGAGUCUAUUCCAUGUUUAGCUUUAGGUGUGAGCUUCUCCUUAACCUGAAACUGCUUGCUCAGCGUGAGAUCAUUGAAUGUUGCUUUGUAAAUGUUAGACUGGCGAAGAAGUCAGAUGUGUGUGUGUUACCAUUUUGUAUAGUUGUGUAGGUGGAUAGGACCACCCUGAUUAGUAUUGCCAAUUGUAUAAUGUAUAGUGUUAUAAUAACUUAAUAGACUGCUUCUGAAGUUACAUGUAGGAUUUCUCUGUUUAAUUUAUCAACUUUUCGGACAUGUUCAAUGGGGAAUCUUCAUAAAAAUAUAGAGGAAUUAUCAAUAUCUAGCAUGUAUCAUAGCAUUUUAUGUUCUGUAUCGUAAACUGUACUUGAAUAACUUCUGUCAUUUAUGGCUUAAUCUAUUUAUUGUGACGUUGAUAAAAAUUGUUCUGAUCCUUUUGAGCAGAUCGGUCUCCCACAAGUCCAUUGAUAUCUGAAUUGUAUCUAUUUCGAAGAUGAUGGACUGUGGUGUGUGGAAAGUCAACAGGCAAGUCCGGGCUCGGCAGAGUUGAUCCAAAAUUUGAGGGUGAAGAUGGGGUAUUGGAGGAAAUUUCAUACGCCAAGUGCUAAAGUUAUUGCCUGGUAACUGACUGGGGACAUAUUGUGCUUUUUAGCUUCGUUUACAAUGUAGUUAUAAUUUCUUUUUAAAGCAUUAACAAAUCCAAAGAGAUGACUGGUUUUUCUUGAUGCUUUAUAUUCAACUAUGAAAACUUGUGACUUCGAACUUUAACAUUCCUAUUUUAGCAGUGCGGUCAUUGUGCUAUAGGAAGCAGUUUGCAAUUGCUAAAUGUAUAAGCUUUAGAAAAUGAUCGUAACUUAGAUUAUGACAUCGCCAUGCCCUUGGUAUACGCUUGUCAAAUGGAGCUAGUACAAAUGGGGCGGGGGGGGGGGGGGGGA